UAUGUGAUGGAAUCUCUUGGUGUUCAGCGCCUCAGCUCUCAUGUCUCAGUUUUUGAUCCUCUAAUUAUAUAGACUGCAAGUUGCUUCCUAAAAAUCAUGUAAAGUAUGAUGCCUGCACAAACAAAGAAGUGGGUGAGAAGUAAAGAUGUUACUUGCACAUGUUUCAUUGUAGAACGACCUCUCCAGCUUCCCUUUGAUUUUGCUGGGAACUAUGGAGGGCAAGCCCCAAGUUCAAAUUCCAACAGUUAAACUGGGUAGUCAGGGCUUAGAGGUUUCUAGAUUGGGCUUUGGAUGCAGGGGGCUAUCUGGAACACACAACUUUCCUCUCUCUCAUGAGGCUGGAUGUUCAGUUAUCAAGGAAGCAUUUGAUAGGGGUAUCACCUUCUUUGAUACUUCAGAUGUUUAUGACCAAAAUCAUGAUAAUGAAAUCUUGGUUGGCAAGGCUUUGAAACAGCUUCCUAGAGAAAAAGUUCAAUUGGCUACAAAAUUUGGUACCUUUAUGUUGAACGACGUUACAGUUGGGGUAAAGGGGACCCCAGAAUAUGUAAGAGCAUGUUGUGAAGCUAGUCUUAAACGGCUGGCUGUCAGCUACAUUGAGCUAUACUAUCAGCACCGUGUGGAUGUUUCAGUUGUUAGAUUUCUUUAUGCCCCAAUUGAGGAUACUAUGGAGGAGCUUAAGAAGCUGGUAAAUGAAGGAAAGAUAAGAUACAUUGGUCUAUCAGAAGGCAGUGUUGACACAAUAAUUAGAGCUCAUGUUGUUCAUCCCAUCACUGCUGUACAAAUGGAGUAUUCUCUGUGGAGUCAAGAAAUCAAAAACGAGAUAAUUCCACUUUGCAGGAAGCUUGGAAUUGGGAUCGUGUCAUAUAGCCCACUUGGUCGUGGGCUCUUUGGUGGGAAGGCAGCUGUAGAGAGCUUGCCUGCAGACUGUUUGUUGUCUAAACAUCCAAGGUUCAAUGGGGAGAACUUGGAAAAGAACAAACUUCUCUACAGUAAACUUGUCACCCUUGCUGCAAAGCAUGCAUGCACUGCUCCACAAUUAGCUCUGGCGUGGCUUCUCCACCAUGGAAAUGACAUCAUCCCAAUCCCCGGGACCACUAAAGUUAAGAACCUUGAUACCAACGUUGGAUCAUUGGAUGUGGAGCUUACAAAAGAGGAUCUGAAAGAAAUUUGUGAUGCUGUGCCGAUUGAUGAAGUUAGGGGCGACCGAGAAUUUGAAUUUCUGUCAAAAUAUGCCUGGAAUUAUGCAAAUACCCCCUCAAAGCAAAUCCCAAUUAUGGAAACAGAUGCUAACUGAAAAUGUGAGCUUUCAGUGCUACUGUGAUAAAUAAGCACUUCUGCUUGAACUCUCCUUGUAUGUU